GAGAACACCUGCUGACAGUGAGGAGGUCCUGACAGAGGAGACGCAGCAGCAGGUCCCUGCUGAGCUGAACACUGUUGUUACACUCCAGAGCAUCUGUACAAGAAUCGGAGGAUCCCGGAGGAAGCAGCUGAUUGGUUGAUCUUUUUAAGGAGGCUGGGAGGGGUUGAAGGCCAUGGCAGGCCGACUCCUCCUCUUCCUGUUCGUCUCGGCGACAUUCGGCCACGCUCACUUCCAGUCCAACCAGCGUCUUAAGCCCCGCCUCCAGAGAGACCGACGCAACAUCCGACCGAACAUCAUCCUGAUCCUGACGGACGACCAGGACCUGGAGCUCGGUUCGAUGCAGGCCAUGAAUAAGACUCGCCGCAUCAUGGAGGAGGGCGGGACUUCUUUCUCGAACGCUUUCGUGACCACGCCCAUGUGCUGUCCGUCACGUUCGAGCAUGCUCACAGGAAAGUACGUCCACAAUCACAACACGUACACCAACAACGAGAACUGCUCCUCGAUGUCAUGGCAACGGCAGCACGAGCCGCGGAGCUUCGGGGUUUAUCUCAACAACACUGGAUAUAGGACAGCGUUCUUCGGGAAGUACCUGAAUGAGUACAACGGCACGUACGUCCCCCCCGGCUGGAGGGAGUGGCUCGGCUUGGUGAAGAACAGUCGCUUCUACAACUACACACUGAGUCGCAACGGAGUCCGAGAGAAACACGGAGCGCAGUACCCGCAGGACUACUUGACCGACCUCAUCACAGCCGAGUCGAUCCGUUACUUCCGCUUCUCCAAGCGAGUCUAUCCUCACCGCCCGGUUCUGAUGGUUCUGAGCCACGCGGCGCCGCACGGCCCCGAGGACUCAGCGCCGCAGUACAGCACGGCCUUCCCCAACGCAUCACAGCACAUAACUCCCAGUUAUAAUUACGCUCCGAACCAGGACAAGCACUGGAUCAUGCGUUACACUGGAGCCAUGAAGCCGAUCCACAUGGAGUUCACCAACAUGCUGCAGAGGAAACGACUGCAGACGCUUCUGUCUGUGGACGACAGCAUGGAGAAGCUGUACAACAUGCUGGUGGAGACGGGCGAGCUGGAGAACACGUACAUCAUCUACACGUCGGAUCACGGCUACCACAUCGGACAGUUCGGACUCGUCAAAGGUAAAUCCAUGCCGUACGAGUUCGACAUCAGGGUCCCGUUCUUCAUCAGAGGACCGAACGUGGAGCAAGGCAGCAUUAACCCUCACAUGGUGCUGAACAUCGAUCUCGCUCCGACCAUCCUGGACAUCGCCGGCCUCGACACUCCUCCGGACAUGGACGGGAAGUCGAUACUGUCUCUACUGGACACUGACAAGCCUGCCAACAGGUUUCAGUUGAACAAAAAGACGAAGGUGUGGAGAGAUUCAUUUCUGGUGGAGAGAGGGUAA